GGGAAAAAAAGGUUUAGGACAAAAAAAAAAAAAAAAUAUUACAACAUCACGUGGUUGGAGAUCAAAAGAAAGAGAGAGGAAGAGAAAAAAGGGGAAAAUGUGCGAGCGGCAGAAGAGGAAAGAAGGGAAGAGAAGAGAGGAGAAGAGAGGAGAAGCAAUGCUACGCAUGUGUCAGUCCUGCAGCUGUGAAACUGGGCUUUAAAAACUGAAAAGUCUUUAUUUCAGCUUGUUUCAUUUGAACCCUGAAAUUCCUCCACUUCUUUCCACUUCCAAAAAACAGAAGGAAAUUAUGUCCCGCUUUGCACCGAUCCAGCCGGCGAGAUGAGGAUGAUGAUGGUGAUGAUGAUGGUGAUGAUGAUGAUGGUCAUGAUGAUGGUCAUGAUGAUGAUGAUGAUGAUGAUGAUGAUGAUGGUGGUGUUUUUUUCCCCGAGAAGAAGAAGAGGAAAGGAUUCAGUGUUCACUGUGCUGGAGCUUUUUCUUUGCUUCUUUCUCACCGUUUCGGCCAAGGACACGGCCUUCGUGGAGGUGGUGCUGUUCGAGUCGAGCCCGAGCGGGGAUUACACCACCUACACCACCGGGCUUCAGGGCCGCUUCUCCCGGGCCGGAGCCACCAUCAGCGCCGAGGGAGAGAUCGUGCAAAUGCAUCCUCUGGGUCUGUGUAAUAAUAAUGAUGAAGAGGAUCUGUACGAGUAUGGCUGGGUGGGCGUGGUCAAGCUGGAGCAGCCUGAGCUCGACCCCAGCUGCCUCACCGUCCUCGGCAAGGCGAAGAGGGCGGUGCAGAGAGGAGCUACAGCCGUGAUCUUCGACGUGUCCGAAAAUCCAGACGCCAUCGAUCAACUUAACCAGCUCUCUGAGGACCCCCUGAAGAGGCCGGUGGUCUACGUUAAAGGAGCUGACGCUGUUAAACUGAUGAACAUAGUAAAUAAACAGAAAGUGGCACGAGCCAGAAUCCAGCAUCGGCCUCCGAGGCCCACUGAGUAUUUUGACAUGGGGAUUUUCCUGGCGUUCUUCGUCGUGGUGUCUCUGGUGUGCCUCAUCCUCCUCAUCAAAAUCAAACUGAAGCAGAGACGCAGCCAGAGCUCUAUGAACAGGAUGGCCAUUCAGGCUCUGGAGAAAAUGGAGACCCGAAAGUUUAAAGCAAAGGUUAAAGGUCAGCGUGAGAGCAGCUGUGGCGCGUUGGAUUCUCUGAGCAGCAGCUCAACGCCAGACUGCGCCAUCUGCCUCGAGAAAUACAUCGAUGGAGAGGAAUUGAGGGUGAUCCCUUGUGCGCAUCGUUUCCAUAAGAAGUGUGUGGAUCCAUGGCUUCUGCAGCAUCACACUUGUCCACACUGCAGGCAUAACAUCAUCGAGCAAAAGAAAGGAAACCCUGGCCCCGUGUGCAUGGACCCGGGGAACCCGGGGCUCCACAGUCGACAGCCAAGGGUAGUUCUCCCUGUUCACUACCCAGGAAGAGUGCAUCGAGCUGGGCAAGUGACUGCGUUUCCAACACGUACUAGCAUGGAUCCUCACGGGAACCCAAUUACUGUAUUAACAGUGGACCAACAUCCGGAUCAGAACCUCUACCCUUCGCAGUCUAAUUUCAUUCGGAGUUACCAUGGUAUGAACCCUCAUCACUGCACCCUAGAGCAUCGAGCACUACCUUACCCUCAACCACAUGCCUUCAAACGCCCCAAAUUUCCUCGCAACUUCUCUCGUGCUGCUUGUUUCUCGCAGUACGAGACUAUGUAUCAGCACUACUACUUCCAAGGGUUGACGUUUCCCCAGCAGGAAGGUCAGCCCGGUAGCACGACCCACAAGGGCCACACUCGAUCCUUCCAACCUGGACUUCUGUACCCUACAUUGGUGCACAUGGCAGCACCUUCCUCUUCCCGUCUAGUGGACUCUGGAAGCACUUCGGGGCUCGGAUGUUAUCAUGGACAUGGACGAUCUGUGUGUAGUGGAUAUCUCGCAGAUUGUCCCGGCAGUGAUAGCAGCAGCAGUAGCAGCAGUUCAGGACGAUGCCAUUGCUCUUCCAGUGACUCUAUGUUGGAUUGCACGGAAGUGAGCAACCAGGGCGUUUAUGGAAGCUGCUCUACUUUUCGAAGUUCUCUAAGUAGCGACUACGAUCCGUAUGUCUAUCGGAGCAAGAGUCCCUGCCGUGGAGUGGCUGGAGAAUCCAGUACAGGAUUCCCAGCAACUUCGUCCAUUAGUGACGACAUAUUGGCUCCUGUUUCAGGAGGUACAGACUGCAUUCCGCCUCCUGUAGGACCAUGCUACAAUUCGGGGGACCAGCUAUCGAAUUGCAGCAUCGAGCCCAACUGUAGUAGCCACUCGUCACUGGAAACCAGGGAAAUCACUAGCACUACCUCACCUACAGCCCUAGAGGGAACCAUGGAGCAUUGUGGGGAACAAGGGGCAGCAUGUAGCUGCUGUUUUGAGGUUCCUCCAUUGAAUGUGGAGUGUAAAGGACAAGACGGAGCAGACGGGGUGGGACGUUGCCGACGAGGCGCCGAGCCUCAAAAUGUGUCCGUUGCAUCUGCGCAGAACUUUUACACCGCUAGCAAUGAACUGAUGUCACCUGCUGAGCGUGCUAGCUAUGACGGACUACCUUGCUGCUUCUACACAGAAAUGAAAGUACACCGAGGAAGCGUCGGACGUUAUGCUGAGGAUUAUUCAGUAAAUGUACACUACGCCCAAACGGACAGCGAUGGCUGCUCGGGACAAGGAUGCUGCGAACUUGCUCAGCGAAUACCCAUAAUCCCUGAGGACACGGACUGCGAAUUGGGUCUCGUUUCCGAGCCUCAAACAAACCUUCUAACAGGACAGAACAGGACUUCCUUAGACACUAAUCAAGGUUUUUUCACCUCAGGACAAUGCAGAGGUCAAACAUAUCAACAUCAACAAGACGAGGAAGCAAGAGCGCUGUUUUCCUCUCAGUUUAAAAUGAGCAAAUCUACAGCUGAGGGCUCCGGGUUGUAAGGGAAAAAACUAGAGCGGUCUCACGAUUACAAAGUUCAUAAGAAUUUGCACGUAUUAAGAGUUGUGAAUGGCUAACAUUUAAGGUGGGGGCGGAGUUAUCAGUCAUAGCUUUUCUUAUGAAUUCAGUCGUAUGAGGGUUUUCCCUCCAUUAAAAAUUCAUCUCACACGUCUUGAAGUGUACUUCUGAAAUGGAAAUAAUUUUUCUUCGGUUGAAGUGUGGUUUCAUUAUUAGCUGAUGCUCUUCAUUCCUGUGGCCUUCAGAAUCUUAGCCACACCGACUAAAAGGCUAUUAAAAAAAACACGCAACACAAGGGGUUUUAAUUCCACAUGACAACAGGGCUUAUAAACUUUAGGGUAUGUUAAAUAUUAAAGAAAGCACAUAGCUUGCUCUAGCUAAAAUUUGCAAAAACGAAGAUUCUCACCUUUCACAGCUGACAAAUUAGGUGUAUGAGUACUUCAUAAUUAUUAAUUAUUACAGUCAGAAAUGCUAGCUAUAUCAUUAUCACUUAGAUAAAUAAAACCAAAACCGAACAUUUCAGAGGAAGCUGGGUGUGGGCUGUUUCAGGGGAACUUGAAAACGUCCAUCACAUCGUCCCAUCUCACCUCGUCCUCUCCUUUUUCUCUCAGGGUCACUGCCUCAUUAGUACAGAAACAGACCAAGAUUAACACUUUUUUGUUGUUGUUUUAUUAAUAUAAGCAGGAGACUACUGAGCUGUCUGUACUAUACACCAAAGUUUAGCUAGUCUCCGACGUGCAGUUAAACAGUUUAUAUAACAAGAAAUUUUAAUAAACAGAGUAUUCAAGAAUUUUUUUUUGCAUUUUUGUUUUGGCUCUUUUUUUUUUCUUUCUUUCUUUUAGGAAAUAUUUUGGGUGUUUGGUGCAUUUGCGUGUUUUUUUUUUUUUUUUUCCUUUAAUUUAAAUUACGUUUUAAAGAACACACAUGUUCACAGUUAGACUGAGAAGGCCAAAGCAUACCGGUUUAAGGAGACACAAAUGCAGUUUUGUUUUUUUUUUCCUUAAAACACACACUUUGGAAUUAUAAUUAUAAAAUGACAUCACACUUGCGCGCACACACACAAACACACACACCAUGCCUUUCUGUUUUUUUACAGAAUAUUUUAUGCUGUUUCUAUGAAAUGUACCCAUACGGCUUUCACAGGCGGACAUUUUGAAAAGAACUUUAUUUAUACGUUGACUAUUACAGUGCUGUAACACAAAAGAGUCUAAUCUUGCCUUCCAUAGAGUUAUGUACUGCAAAUGAAUAUAGCAUUUUUGGGGUACUUGAGUCACUAUUUAAUUUUUGUAUUGUUUGUAGCACUUAAGAAGAUUGUAUAAAAGAACAUAUGUACAAAAAUUAAUAUUUUGUAAUUUUUUUUAAAGAUAUAAUUAUUUUCUCCAUCAUUUCUCAUUCUUCAGAUGUUAAACAGGCUAGAGCUUAAGCCGUGUAUAUUUCUGUAUCUGUAUAGCAGCACAUUUCAUAAAUGGAAAUAUGUUCUCUGAAUAUUUAUUGACUAAUAUAUUUAUCUGUAAGCCAUGUCUUAUGUUCAGAGUGUCUGAAGAAGUUUUUGGAGUGUUUGCUUUGGAGAUCACUAAUAUGAAAACUUUGUAAAUACAUGGUAAUUGCACACGAGAUGAUUAAAUAUCCUCUGACCAAAAACCGCUUUUAAGAUUUUAGUACUAUACAGUUUUGUAACAAAGUGUACAAAGAUUUGGAAAAAUUAUAUGGUUUUAUUCAAUUGAAAA